AUGGGCCUCCCCGUCAGCCCGAAGCUCUGCAAGGAUGGAGCUCUGUUUCCUCUCUCAGGCCAGAAGCUCCUGGUGACACUGGAGGGUCCCAUUUCUCAUCACUGCUGUCCCUGGGGUUUGGUGGAGCUCUGCACAAGAUGCCUGCCCUGGUGGUGGGACCACGACAUUGGGGCAGUGAUCAACAGCCGGCCGGCCCGCCAGGUGCGCCGCCUGGAGUUCAACCAGGCCAUGGAUGACUUCAAGACCAUGUUCCCCAACAUGGAUUACGACAUCAUCGAAUGCGUGCUGCGCGCCAACAGCGGUGCUGUGGACGCCACCAUCGACCAGCUGCUGCAGAUGAACCUGGAGGGCGGUGGCGGCGGCGGCGGCGGCGGUGUCUAUGAGGACAGCUCCGACUCGGAGGACAGCAUCCCUCCGGAGAUCUUGGAAAGGACUUUGGAACCCGAUAGCUCGGAUGAAGAGCCACCGCCUGUGUACUCCCCGCCAGCCUACCACAUGCACAUGUUUGACCGGCCCUACCCUCUGGCUCCCCCGACUCCGCCUCCCCGUAUCGACGUGCUGAGCUCUGCAGCCCCUACAAGCCAGAGACGCUAUCGGAACUGGAACCCACCACUACUGGGCAACCUCCCGGAUGACUUUCUCCGCAUCCUCCCCCAGCAGCUGGACAGCAUACAGGGUAAUGCUGGGGGCCCCAAGCCUGGGAGUGGAGACGGAGGUCCGCCUGCCAUGACUGGGCCAGGGCCCCGAGACCAGGAGAGCCGCUGGAAGCAGUACCUGGAGGAUGAGAGGAUCGCGCUUUUCCUACAGAACGAGGAGUUCAUGAAGGAGCUGCAACGAAACCGCGACUUCCUCCUUGCCCUGGAGAGAGAUCGAUUGAAAUACGAAUCCCAGAAAUCUAAAUCCAGCAGCGUGGCUGUCGGAAACGACUUUGGCUUUCCAUCUCCUGUCCCAGGAACUGGCGAUGCCAACCCCGCUGUGUCUGAAGAUGCCUUAUUCAGGGACAAGCUGAAACACAUGGGAAAAUCCACCCGGAGGAAGCUGUUUGAACUUGCCCGAGCCUUCUCAGAGAAGACCAAAAUGAGGAAGUCAAAGAGGAAACACUUGUUGAAGCAUCAGUCGCUGGGGGCUGCCGCGUCCACAGCCAACCUCCUGGAUGAUGUGGAGGGCCAUGCGUGUGACGAAGACUUCCGGGGAAGGCGUCAGGAGGCGCCCAAGGUGGAGGAAGGCCUGCGAGAAGGACAGUAAAAGAUGCCAGCAGCUCUUCCUUGCCAGAGAUGAUCUGAACCGGUGGGGGCAGCUGGAAAGCAACACUGGCCCCCAGCUGAAGGGCCCAGCUGCAGCCGGACAGAUGGUGCUUGAGAACCGAGGCCCAGUGAUCCUCCAGCCACAGUCCAGCCCAACCACUGCCACUUUCCAUGGGACUUAGAACUUCCGAGUUGCUGCCUUGCAAUUGGAGGAAGGACCUGGGGCCCCUAGAGGCAGCAGCCAAUUACAGCUCCUUUUGUAGCCAGGCGUUCCUAUGGUCAAGGAGUGGAAAUGCAGGAACCAACCUCCCUUGAAAAAAAAAAAAAAAUCCAGAAAGCAGAUAAAAAUUGGAAUAUGGAAAAGGGCAAGAUGACCCCACCAGAGGCUCUUUGGCCAGGAGGUGGAGUCCCUGCCUCCCUCCAUUCCCUAUCUGUCCUGUCACAGACUCUGCCUGACCCCCUGUCCCCUUCCUCAGCUCCCUCCAGGCACUUGGGUCCCUCCCUUCCAGGGCCUCCCAUAUCUCGGCCUUCCCCCAGGGCUGCUGGCCCAGCACACAAGCCCUGCACCUACCCUGGGUGGGAGGUCCCCGGCCAGUCCCCCAGGCACUCUGAGGUGCUAUGGGCUGCUGCAGAGAGCAUCUCCUGACUGCCCCAUCUGGCCUCAUCAGGCUGCUGCUGUUGGGGAUGGGCUCACUCCCAGCACCUCCCCAUCACACAGCAGGGGUGGGGAGGGUGGCCACCCCAGGGUGGCAGGGUCUUUAAUUUGGCAGCAGACAAAAGCCAGUUCUGGAGUCACACCACAGUGGGGGCUCACAGGGGCUCUGACUCCCCAGCUGGACUGGAAGCCCAGCUGUCCGAGGGUGGACAGCAGUGGGCCCUGGAGUGACCCCUUUGAGCAGGUAGCAGGGCUGAAGAGCAAGGUGGGAAAGGCCGCCAGCCUGGGUGGGAGCGCCUAGGGCAGAAGGGCUUGCUGGGUGCCCCUGAGACGGGCUGGUGAUCUGAGGAGGAGAACGCUGAUUCUAGGAAGGCUUACACGGCACCCACCACUGCCACGGGGAGGGAGGCUGCCCAGCCUGUGGCCCCGCCCUGGACAUGGGAGCGCGCAGACCUUCUGGAGAGCCGGGAAGCCUGGGCAGGCACGAGGCUUCGGCGCGGCUUCGGGAGGUUGGGAGUGGGAUCUGAUCCUUGGCGCGGCCCUGGUGGCCUCAGUGACCCCAAGAUCACAAGGGCGUAGCGAAGGCGAGCCGGCGAUUGCACCUCGUCCCACCCAGCCUGCCCGGACUCCCGACGCCGAGCUUCCCUUCUCUGGGGAGGGCCGGGACGCGCCGCCGCCGCCGAGCGUGACCAAGUUUGGAAACGCGCACGGGGCCGGGACGCUGGCUCGGGGGCCCUGCCGAGGAGCGGCCGCCCCCUCCACUGCUCCUCGCGCCAGGCCUGGGGUCCUGGAGGGAGGGGAAGGUCUCCGAGGAGUGCCUCGGGUCCCCAGCUCGAGUUCCCCACGGGUCUCUGAGCCUUCCCCGCGCCAGGACUGGCGCACUGCGGGGGAAGCCCCAGCCCCACGUCUGUGAGUGUUGCUUGUUAUUUUUUUUCCUCCUAUGUGUGGGUUUUUUCUUGGAGCUGUUUCAUAGGAAUUCCUGUAAUAAAGAGUUGGUGUUCUCUUGGUG